AUGAGAGAUUCGUUAAGAGGUUUGUACAAUUGGGAUGAUCCCUUACCUCCUCAUCUAUUGGACAGAUGGUCUAAUUGGAAAGACUCUUUGAAAUUCUUUGAAGAUGUGCAUAUUCCAAGAACAUACGCGCCCAUCUCUCUACAUGAGACCUUGUCAACAGAGCUUCAUAUUUUCUCGGACGCCUCGGAAACAGCCUUAGCCUCAGUGGCCUAUUUACGUACAGUUGAUGCGUCAAACAACAUUCAUGUGGGAUUUGUUUUGGGAAAGUGUAAACUCGCACCAAUGAAAGGACAUUCUGUUCCACGCUUGGAACUCUGCGCAGCAGUGAUGUCUGUCCAGAUAUAUGAUAUCAUCAGUGAUGAACUUGACAUGAGCUUCAACUCUGUGCGUUUUUACACCGACAGUCUCGUUGUUCUAGGUUAUAUACAUAACCAAAGCAGGCGAUUCUAUAAGUAUGUAGAAAACCGGAUCGAACGAAUCAGGAAGUCUACGACACCUGACCAAUGGAAUUAUGUUCCAACCAAGUCUAAUCCAGCAGAUUCUGGCACGAGAAAUGUGACUGCUGAAGACAUUAUCGACAACAGGUGGAACUUAGGCCCACCUCAACUCAGAGAACCAAUUGAAGAUAAUCUCAAUACAGAAUAUCAUCUCUGUGAUCCUGAGAAUGACACUGAAAUUCGCAAGACUAGAGAGGUUGAAACUCUGAAAACAACUAAAAACAACAAGAAUGAUCAAUUUGAGACAUUUCAUAUAAGUCAAAGGCUGGAGAGAUUCUCUACUUGGAAAGUAUUAGUGAGAUCCAUAGACCGAUUGAGAACACUAUCUCGGAAGUAUCACUCUUCUAAGGACCUUGCAGUCUCAAACUACUCGCUUUCUUCCGAAGACCUCAUCAUACGUAUGGUCCAGCAGGAGGUUUUGGCGCAGGAGAUUAUGUGCUUGCAAUCGCAAAAGCCAUUGCCCAGAAGAAGUAGCCUCAUCUCUUUAAAUCCAGUUAUUGAUGAAAACGGUUUGCUACGCGUGGGAGGUAGAUUGAAGAGAGGAUACUUGUGUAUCAACGAGAGACAUCCACUUAUCAUUCCGAAGAAUCAUCAUGCAGCUGUCUUACUAAUACGUCAUUUUCAUGAAUUGGUUUGGUAA